AGCAUCUCAAAUUUAGCUAUUUGAGAAAAGAAGAAAGAGCAACAAAAAUGGCAAGCAAAUGCAAUCUUAGAUCAAUUAGUUUGCCAUCCAGGCCACAUCCUAGCACCCUUAGAAUUGAGGAGGAGCUGAACAGGAUCAAAACAGGGGAGGGAUCAUCUGCAUCUACAUCAGGGUCGAUCUGUUUGGGUUUAUCCGGGUUGGAGGAGUUGUACCAUUGCAUGGAUGAUCUUCUUAACAUGGCAUCCACUCAACAAGUCCUCUCUAAGCAUCAACAGGAGAAAUGUGUUGAUGAAUUUUUGGAUGGAUCUGUUAGGCUUUUGGAUGUGUGUGGCAUUGCUAGAGACAUCGUGUUCCAGGUCAAGGAACAAAUUCAUGCCCUGCAAUCUGCUCUCAGGAGGAGAAAAGGAGAUUCUAGCAUUGAGAAAAGCAUUGUUAAUUACACUUCCUUUAGGAAGAAGAUGAAGAAGGAAGCCAAGAAAUUGAUUGUGACGUUGAAGCAGAUGGACAAUAAAAUUGGAGCUUCAACAGUAUUGGACCAGGAUCAUCAUUUCCUAGCCGUGAUUCGGGUUCUUAGAGAACUUAAUUCAAUGAAUAUUUCCAUCUUCCAAUCAUUGUUUUCAUUCUUGGCUGCACCAGUUCCCGGAAAGCAAACAACAUGGUCCUUGGUGUCAAAAUUGAUGCACAAGGGAACGGUAGCAUGUGAACAAGAGAACGUAAAUGAGUUUGAAACUGUUGAUGCUGUGCUUUGCAGGCGCAGUUCCAAUGUUGAGAAGAUGCAAACAGCACAGAAAAGAUUGGAGGCCUUGGAAAGUAGCAUCCAGGGCCUUGAGGAUGGUCUUGAGUCUCUGUUCAGGCGGCUGGUCAAAGCAAGAGCUUCUCUCCUCAACAUAUUAUCUCAAUAGAUUAGUUUGUUCUCAAAAAGGAUCCCUGGGAAAAGGCAUCCAAGUUUUAGAGGAAUUGCCAAGAGGGAAAAUUCAAUUCCCAAUUACAAAACUUUGUACAUGAAACAAAAAAUAUUUUGUUAU